GUCUCCUACAAUGCCCUCACACACAACUCUCUAGUCCAUUUUCGUUCUCAGACUUCCGACCUCAACUACCUUCAUAGGCGUUAUGAACUCCGACCCAAUACCUGCGCACGCGACAAGACGGCCGCGGUAUCUCCCCCGUCUAGCGUUCGUUGA